UUAAUAGAACUAUAUAUACGACCACGUUCCUGACUUUUUUAAACCAUUGUUAAAACGCACAAACAAUUUCAAAAUAAUAUUCUCUUCAUACAUCAAAAACUUGGAAACAAAUAUUUUUGAUUUUUUCCUUCUAAAACCAUCGAGAAUCACAGUUGAAAUAAAGGUUACAGAGGAAUUAGAUGAAUAGUUUGUAUUGAUUCUUAAAAGCUGAACUCAAUUUACUCAAUCAGCAUGGCCCAGGAUCAACUAGCAAUUAUUGGCCCAAACGUCAAGGAUACCUCUCCAUACUGCAAAGAUACUCUCCAAAUUCAUGUAUUGAAAAAUAAUCAUUGUAAUGAGAAACCAUUUCUACAUUACUCAAGUGAGUUUUCUCUAAUAGACGAUGCAAGGAUAAGGUGCAAACCUCGAAUGAUUUAUCACUCGGUUGCUUAUUUUUUUGAAAUAGAAUUUACUACAUCAGUCCCAACAGCAUAUCAAUAUGAAAUAUCACUAUACUACUUUGACAAAUUAAGUAAACUAAGAUUCUCUAACAUUUUAAAUGCAGAAAAUAUUAGAAACUGCCAUAAUACAUUUAGAUUACGAUGCAAAGGUGUUUUUGUGAAGAAUGUUGUAGGCGAAUAUGACAAUAUAUUUAAUGGGAAAAUCAUUCUUUGCAGUAAGAUUUGUAGGAAAGAUUCCUUGUACGUUUUGCAGCAAAAACCUGCGCUUCUACAUUCUUCACAAAUAACCGAUUGUUCUCUACUCUUUGAGAACACAGCCCUUUCUAAUCUUACAAUCUCUGUUAAAGAUAGAGAAUUUAGAGUUCAUAAAGAGAUUCUCGCUGCUAAAUCCCCAGUUUUUCUAGAGAGGUUUCAAACUGAGAUGAAAGAAAAGCAAGAAAAUCAUGUGAAAAUCGAGGAUAUAGAAGCAAACAUAUUUCAGGAAUUUUUACGAUACGUUUACACAAACACGGUUAAUGACUUAAAUACGCACGCCGAGGAACUGUACGCAGCAGCAGAUAAAUACGAUUUACCAAAACUUAAGUCAAUAUGCAUUGAUGAAUUGUCUAGAUCGUUAAAUUCUGAAAAUGCAAUACAUAUGUUUUUAUUUUCUGAUGAAAACAACGUAACAAUCUUAAAAGAUAGAACAAUGGAAUUUAUAAAGAAACACAUGAAUCUUAUUUUUCAAACGGAAGGUUACAAAUCAUUAUGUCAAUCUCCAAAAGCAUAUUUCAUUCAGGAAAUCUUCCAAGCUACAUUUGAUUAUCUUAAUGCGUUAAUAUACUCGUAGGUACGAAAAAAGGUACAAUUAUUUAUAAUAAAUCGUAGAUAUAAUUCCGACUGAGUUAUUAUGCAUUUUAUAACCAUGUUUCGCAAAUAUGUAAACAUUCUUGUACGAUUUUUAUUCUAAUAUUAUAAUUAACGAAUAAAGAAUAUUUUGUAUAAAAA